UCAUGCUGUGCCUGCCCCUCAUAUUGCUGGCCGCCCAUGGCGAGCGACGCGGAGAUCUUCGCCAGCUUCAGCACGAAAGAUAUUUCGCCUUCCGUCUCUCUCGAAGUGUGCAACCGUGGAUUUCUUUCAGCGUGCGUCCGUGUGAAAGAAGUGAGCAUCAUGCUGGCAGCGCGACGAUUGACCUGGGCCAGGGUGAGGUCCGCCGUGGCAGUGAUGGCGCCCCGCGGACAUUCCCUCCCGCAGGCACCACGUCUUCUCAACAAUGCUGCCUGCGCCCUACACACGAGGAACAGGACGGCCUGGCAGAAAGCGUUGACAGCAGAGGAGUUCACGCUUUCACAGACGAAGCCGGGGACAACCAUCGCUGCUGUUAAUCUCCUUCAGGACCAGAAAAUGCUUCAGGUACGCUGGGAGGAUAGCAGUGUGGAGUCUUACCCUUACAUCUGGCUGCGCGACAACUGCCAGUGUCCGAAUUGCUACCAUCCAUUCUCCCAGGCACGCCGCGUGAUGCUCAAAGAUCUCGACCUCUCUGUCGCUUGUGUGGACGUAAAGGUGAGUAACGCUGGAGAGGGAGUCAAAAUGCUAUGGGCAGACGGUCACCAGGGAACAUACGACGCACACUGGCUGCAAGAGAGGGCUUUCAGAGGACCGAAGCCUGAGCCUCGUGACCGCGAAUGCAGACUGAGGCAGCAGCUUGUUCUACACGACGACCACGCUCUCCUCACCUUCCUGGAGAGUAUGGAGGUGAUGGGCGUAGCGGUGGUUUCAGAUGUGCCUUGUGAGAAAGACCAGAUCUACUCCUUUGCUAAACGCAUCGGACGCUUGAAAUCAACUCCCUACGGAGAAACGUUUAACAUGCAAACCAGGAUGAACCCCAAUAACCUGGCGUUCACCGACGAUUGCCUCGACAUGCAUACCGAUCUGCCUUGCUUGGCUGCCAAGCCCGAGAUUCAGAUGCUACACGUCAUCAAGGAGUUCCCUGGGGAGGGCGGGGAAACCAUGUUAUCAGACGGAUUUACCGCCGCUUCAAAACUUAAGAAGAACCAUCCGGAGUAUUUUGACAUGCUUGCAAAAACUCUGGUCGACUUUGUAGACGUGGGAAUCGAAGACGGUGUCAAGUUUCACAUUUGUUGGAGAGCACCGGUCAUCGACCUGGACGUCGGCGGCUCCAUCCGAACCGUGAACUGGCAUCAGAUGUCACGUGACUCACGCUUCCAAGUUUCUUCCUCUGAAGCAGCGGUGAAGUGGUACUCAGCAGCUUUCGCCUUCCGAGACCUUCUGUACGACGCCGAUAAUCUUGUGGAACUGAAGCUUCAAUCCGGCGACAUGAUUGUGUUUGACAACCUACGCGUAAUGCAUGGACGACAAGAAUUCUGUGCCGAUCAGGGAGAGCGUUGGCUCCAGGGAGGCUACUUGGAGGGGGACUCUCUCAGGUCACUCCGCCGCGUGCUUCGCGAGGAUAUUGCUGCUUGAGUUGUCCUCGCCUAAUCCUAAUGCAGGCCAUGCGUAGCUCCAUCCUAAAGGGGAAUGU